AUGGUCCAUCAGGACGUACAAACAAGAUCAUCAGGACGUACAAACCCAAACAAGAUCAUCAGGACGUACUCUUUCAUAAACCCUGGCUGUGACAGUUUGUGUUAUCAACUUCAUAUAGGUAACCGACUUCGUGCUGUGGGGAAGAGGACAUCACGUGUUCCUAUUUCAUAUUUAGAGGAAAGAGAUAAAUGGAAAAACCAUGCUUCUGGAAAUAAACAUUCACAGAAGUCAGAAUUUGAUGUUAGCAAUGAUGAAGUUGCACAUGAUGCCGCAUCAGCUUUAGCUGAAGUCUCACAAAGAAUAGGCUCUUCCUUAACGUCUGUGCCAUGCAAAAUAAAAGAGAACAUGAAAGUCUCAUAUGAGGUCAGUGGAGGACAUAAAGGAAGACCAAAUGAAAAAUAUGGCUAUGAUCUCAGUUCCUCAGUAGAUAUAGAAUGUGUAAGGACAGAUAAAGCUCACCACAAGAUGAAGAAGCUGUACAGAAAGGAGAAAGUUCUAGACGAUGAAAACAGCGUCAGUGUUCUAGAGGGAAAGGUUGAUUCCAAAAUUUCAAAUGCAGUAUGUGAGCUAUCAUCUCCACUAGUUCAAAGAAAGAAAAGAAGGAAGCUAUCACGUGGAGAUGAGAACACUGCUUUAGAUGCUUUGCAGACCUUAGCAGAUUUGUCUUCCAUGAUGCCAUUUGGUACAAUGGAAGCAGAACCAUCUGUCCAAAUUGUGGAGGAAACUGAAUCUUUCAAUUUGGAAGACAAAUCUUAUAUUCCUGAAGCCACAUUAUCAGCCCAAAGUGAUAAAGGAAAGCAAAUCAUGAUUAAUGCAAUGUCCAAUAUUGAGGAUAGAGGUCAUGGGAAACAAAAAUCUGGAAGUGGAUUGUCAAUUGAUGUUGUUUCUAAAAGGAAAAAACGGCCUGAACAUCUUGGCACUACGAGGAAGGGAAAACGCAACUUUGUGAUACCUGAUACAAAAGUCCCUGUGGAUCUUCAUUUACAUGAAGAUUUGAAGACAGCCGCAUCUGAACAUAUUAAACCAUUGAAUAAUGAAAAUCAAGCCACUUUACCCAUUAAGUUGGGGAGUCGAAGUAGAUGUAAGAUGGAGCUUUGGAAAUUAUUGACCCGUCAAAAGACGAAGUCCAGUGAUGACAAUUUGGGAAAAGAGCUCACGAAAUAUUCCUCCUGUGUGCAAGACAGAGCAUUCUUCCUCAAGGAUAAACUUUCCAACUGCAUGUCAUCCACCAUGGUGCGUAGAUGGUUCAUCUUUGAAUGGUUUUAUAGUGCAAUUGAUUAUCCUUGGUUUGCAAGAAGGGAAUUUGUCGAAUACUUGGAUCAUGUCGGCCUGGGAAACAUCCCAAGGCUAACUCGUGUUGAAUGGGGUAUCAUAAGAAGUUCCCUUGGUAGACCUCGGCGGUUUUCUGAAAUUUUUCUUCAUGAAGAAAGAAUGAAACUCCAACGUUAUAGGGAAUCUGUAAGACAAUAUUAUGCUGAACUUCGUGCUGGCACUUGUGAAGGGCUUCCUACAGAUUUGGGAAGCGUAUCAUAGCUUUGCAUCCAUAUCUAAACACACUAGAAGUUCACGAUGGAAGUGUGUUAACGGUUCAACAUGACAGCUGCAAGAUUCUAUUUGACAAUCAGGAGAUCGGAGUCAAAUUAGUUAUGGUAGGUUUUCUGUUCUCCAUCUCAUAGAUUAACUCAGAUACGAUACUGAUACUCUUGAGCUUUGAAUCUUGUUUAAUUGGUAAAAGUUGUUUUAAGAUGAAAAGCACAUGCCGGGUAGAAGAGCAGGAGGGAGCUAUUUAUUCUGUUAUGAUGGAAAGGGACUGAAGAUUCAUGAAAGUUUUGUCAUAUUAAUCCACAUUAGCAUGGUUAAGUAAGAUACUGCCUAAAAUUUGUUUGGUGGUCGAUAAUUUUGAAAGUGUAGGCACUUGCACUUGCUCACAAGUACACAUACGCUUCUUCUGGCACAUGGUGAACCAAAUAGGUCUGUAAGAUAUGUUAUCUUGUUAACAAAUCUAAAUGGUAUAUUUAAUUAUGUACUUGUAUUUUUAGCACUCCCUGACUUGUGGACUUGAAAAUUAGU